CCGCCCCGGCCGGCAGGGAGGAUGUGAGCUCACUCCCGCCUCCAUGUUCCCGGAAUCGCCUGGAAGCGUCCGCCCAAGGUCGCGGGCCGCUUGGGGAGUCAGCAGCGCGCCAGGCCCCUUCGGGCCCCACACGCAUUAGGUGCCUUCUUGAUGGGUACGGAAUGAACGCGGGCGGCGGCGGGACCGAGGCAGCGCCCAGUUUGUAACCGCGGCGCCGCCCGUGCCCGCGCACGCCACACCCCAGCGCGCUUCCGGCCGGGCCACGUGACCGCGCGUGCACGUGUUCCGGCCUCUCCGCUUCGCCGCUCCGAACCUCCUCCUGGUCGUCCAGGCAUUCGUCCACGCGGAGCUGGCUUGGGCGGGGCCCGGGAGGCGGCGGCCGGGGAAGCCGCGGAGACGCGAGCGCCGAGCGUCGCGGGGGAGCAGGCCUGGGCAGGCAAGCGGCGGCCUCCGCCAUGAACCCCAGGGGCCUGUUCCAGGACUUCAACCCCAGUAAGUUUCUCAUCUAUACCUGCCUGCUGCUCUUCUCGGUGCUGCUGCCCCUCCGCCUGGACGGCAUCAUCCAAUGGAGCUACUGGGCCGUCUUUGCCCCCAUAUGGCUGUGGAAGCUUCUAGUCGUCGCAGGCGCCUCCGUGGGCGCGGGCGUUUGGGCCCGCAACCCUCGCUACCGCACCGAGGGAGAGGCCUGUGUGGAGUUCAAAGCCAUGCUGAUCGCUGUGGGCAUCCACCUGCUGCUGCUCAUGUUCGAAGUCCUGGUCUGCGACAGGGUGGAGAGGGGCACCCACUUCUGGCUGCUGGUCUUCAUGCCUCUCUUCUUCGUGUCCCCCGUGUCCGUGGCUGCCUGCGUCUGGGGCUUUCGACACGAUAGGUCGCUGGAGCUGGAGAUCCUGUGCUCGGUCAACAUCCUGCAGUUCAUCUUCAUCGCCCUAAAGCUGGACAGGAUUAUUCACUGGCCGUGGCUGGUGGUGUUUGUGCCCCUAUGGAUCCUCAUGUCGUUCCUUUGCCUGGUCGUCCUCUAUUACAUCGUCUGGUCCCUCCUGUUCCUGCGGUCCCUGGAUGUGGUUGCCGAGCAGCGAAGAACACACGUGACCAUGGCUAUCAGUUGGAUAACGAUUGUCGUGCCUCUGCUCACUUUUGAGGUCCUGCUGGUUCACAGAUUGGAUGGCCACAAUACAUUCUCCUACGUCUCCAUAUUUGUACCCCUUUGGCUUUCCUUACUAACUUUAAUGGCCACAACAUUUAGGCGAAAGGGGGGCAAUCAUUGGUGGUUUGGCAUUCGCAGAGACUUCUGUCAGUUUCUGCUUGAAAUUUUCCCAUUUUUAAGAGAAUAUGGGAACAUUUCAUAUGAUCUCCAUCACGAAGAUAGUGAAGAUGCUGAAGAAACAUCAGUUCCAGAAGCUCCGAAAAUUGCUCCAAUAUUUGGAAAGAAGGCCAGAGUAGUUAUAACCCAGAGCCCUGGGAAAUACGUUCCCCCCCCUCCCAAGUUAAAUAUUGAUAUGCCAGAUUAAACUCCUAGAGAGGACCCAGGCGCACACAGACUCCACUUUGCCUUUGCCUCUUGUUCAUUCAUCCCAAACCUGGAAAUGGAAACGGGCUUCAAACACUCGUCUCACGCCGUGUUUGAGAUCACCGCCUCAUCAGUAUGCAUCAUAGAUGGCGGUGGUUUCAGUAUGUGGGUGUGUGUGGUGUGUACCUGGGUAAGAGACUUGCUUUCCAGGUUCGCACUUUCGGGUGUAGCUGGGGGCAGUAAGUCGAAUUGUUUUAGUAGGUCCUCAAAAGGAAUAACCACACAGCUGUUUGUUUAAAUGCUACUGUACCUAUCAAAAGUAUUGUUUAAAAAGUAUUUUUAUACACUGCUAAUCUAAAAUUGUACUUCAGAUUGUGCCUGUCAUAACAAUAGCAAAUGUAAAAAGUUCUCUUUCCCACCACUUGUUUAUAAGCCUCAUAGUUGAUAUUUUUAGUGUUCCUACUAAAAAAUACUCUCUCCUUGGUCUUUGCUGAUACUGGUCUUUAAUAUUCUGAUAGGUGAAUUUUUCUAAUGGAAUGAACCCAUGCAUAUAUAGUAUUUAUAUGAAUAUUUUAGCAGUGUAAUAUGUUGAAUUCUAGUUCUCUGCAUUACCAUGUAUUACGUUAAAGUAUUUUUUAAAGCUUA